UAGAAAAUGACCAUUUUCGGUGACAUAUUUGACUGAUGGACCAACUGGUCCUCACUCUCACACUCGCCUACAAUCUAUACAUUUUCAUCGCACCAUUGACGGUUAUACAUGACUCGCCAAAACAAAUAUCAAAAAGAUUAAAUAUGACAGACACGAUGGCGGAAAUUCUCGAUGUUCUUUGAAAGUCUACGAGCAUUUGGGAGCCCUCAAAAGUCGACUUCUGAGACAAUGUUGCUGACGGCGUGUCGCCUGUCCAAAGCGCUGCAGCUCACCCUGGCGGUCAUCAAACCAGACGCGGUGGCUCAUCCUCUCAUGCUGGAGGCACUUCACCAAAUUAUCCUGGAUAACCAGUUUGUCAUUGUUCGACGCAAAGAUGUGGUGUGGAGACGACAAGAGUCUGAGAAGUUUUACGCUGAGCAUUCAGGGCGAUUCUUCUACCAAAGACUUGUUGAGUACAUGUCAAGCGGCCCGAUGCGGGCGUACAUUUUAGCCCGAGAGGACGCCAUUGGCCACUGGAGGGAACUGAUGGGUCCCACCAAAGUGUUCCGAGCCAGAUACACCUCCCCCACCUCUCUGCGGGCUCAGUUUGGUCUCACGGACACGCGCAACACCACUCACGGAUCAGAUUCUGUCGAGUCAGCCCGCAGAGAAAUGACGUUCUUCUUCCCGGACUUUCGGCCUGAGGAGUGGAUGGAGAGAGAGGAGCCCUCGUUCCGGUCGGGACGCAUGCUUUAUGAUCCUCAGCAACACAUCCACACACUCUCUGCUCAGAGCUGACCCGAGAGCUGCUGUUGUGGAAAAUGAAUUGUCCUUCUUACAGUGGCAUUACUGCCGCCAUUUUUAUUGUCAUUACAAAGCACAAAUUCAGACAGCGCUCAAGACACAUAGCAGUUCAAACAACACAU